AUGUUUGUUGGGGGUGCUUUUGCUAAAUUCUUAUCACUAAAUGCAAGGUGUUUAGAGGAUGGGGAGUAUUAUUUAGCUGGGCAGAUAUUUGCUUUGUCAUUUGUUCAUGGUGGUCCUACAUUGAAAUGCCUCUCAGAUGUUUGCUAUAAUGGUAUCGUGAAAGGGGUUCAAAAUGUGAAUGCUUCAGUGAAUGAUGUUUGCGACUAUGAUCUAAGAAUAUCUCUUGAAAAAUUACUGAAUGCCUCAAAUGUACAAGAGGCAGAAGAUAUUAUCAAUGAUGCCAAAAUCGAUUUACUGUUUGAUAUGGCUGGCACAUUUCAGGUAAUUAAAACUACUAGUGAUAUUGAAAACCUUGUUCAGAAAACUGUCAACUGGUAUGUUUUGGGAAGAGCACAAGCGGCAUAUGAAAGUUUCAAGGAGGGUCUUCAUACAUUAGGGGUAAUGGACUCAAUUUUGCAAUACCCACAAGUGAUGAGGGAAGCUUUCUGUUUCAAGACUGACACUUUGACUUUGACUGAUUUUGAUGACAUGUUCUCAGUUGCUCGUGUAUGUGAAGGAUCUAAUAGAGGGGAAGUUGAGAACCUUGUUCUCUCUCACUGGCAGGACUCGAUGCAAGACUGUAAGGAAGAGUCAGCUGAAAUAACCCUGUCGGGUAUCCUGUUUUUUGUAUCAGGAUGCAAAAAUUUACCCCCUCCCCUGGGACUGUCAUGUCAUAUAUCAUUUCUGCAUGAACCUGAUGAAAAGUCAGGAAUACUGUCUAGAUUUCCUAAGGCAAGUACAUGUUCUUGUACCGUUUAUCUUCCUGUGAUUCAUAAAACUUAUGAAUAG